AUGAAAAACUUGACCUCUUUGGAUCUGAAAUGCAGUCAAUUUUUCAGCAGCGAAAGUGUUAAAUAUAUAGCUAACAGUGAACAUUUGAAGAAUUUAAUUUCUUUGAAUUUGGCAGACAAUGGAAUUGACAAUGAAUGCGCCAAAUAUGUUGCUAAUAGUGAAUGUUUAAAGAACUUGAUUUAUUUGAAGCUGAAAUUCAACAAAAUUGGCAGUGAAGGUGUAAGACAUUUUGCUAACAGUGAAUGGUUGACAAAUUUGACCACUUUGGAUCUGGCAGACAAUCAAAUUGGCAAUGAAGGUGUCAAAUAUAUCGCUACUAGUGAAUGUUUUAUGAAUUUGACUUCUUUAAAUCUGGAAUGCAUUUUUGUUGGUGAUGAAGGCGUUAAGUAUUUAGCUAAGAGUGAAUGGUUGAAAAAGUUGACCUCUUUGGAUCUGGCAGGGGAUUACACAUAA